AUGCCUUCCACUACUUUCACCUUCUCGGCUGCUCUGUGCCUCUUCCUGGCCGUUGGCCCUGCUACCGUUCUCUCUGCUCCUCAGCUGGGCGGCUUGCCUAUCCUUGGUGGUCACGAUAACACCCCCGCCACUGGCAACACUGAGAAGGACGCUGGCGCUGGCUACGAUGUCGGCAUCCCCGGUGGACCUAACGUCGUCUUCGGAGCUGGUGUCCACAGCGAGCAACACGGUCCCUGCGGCCCAGGCGUGAGCUCCGAGAAGGAUGCCGGUGCUGGCUAUGUGGUCGGCCAGCCCAAUGGUCCCCAUGUGGCAUACGGUGCCGGCGCCCACGAACAGCACGACGCCUACCCCUGCCCAGAGCCUAUUGCUGUUCCUGUCACUGAGCCAGCCCCCGUUCCUGUCAUUGAGCCCACCCCGGUCCCUGUCGCUGAGCCCACUCCUGUCCCUGUCAUUGAGCCCACUCCUGUCCCUGUGACUGAGCCCACUCCUGUCCCUGUGACUGAGCCUGCUGUGGUGCCCAUUCCAGAAGCUACGACUACUUCCACCUAUGUGCCGGUGUUCAUCCCCCCUCCCCACACCACUCCCAUUGACGUUCCAACCAUCACCACAGUCCCUAACUACAUGGCUCCCUCGCCGGCUCCGGUUUACUCAACUCCUCUGAUUCACCGCCCCGCCCCCUCCGCUGUGCCCUCUUCCAUGCCAGUUUACAACGCCGGCUCCGCAGUGACACCGAGCUCACUCCUCGCCCUUGCUCUGCCUAUCAUGCUGGGCAUCUUCUACUAG